AAGUCAUACGCACUGUAACGCACUGCGUCAGCAGUGGCACUGCAGAACGUGCCUGUAUUUGUGGUGAUACGCCGUACGACUGAACAUUUAAUUGGAAAACUGGGGCUCAUCUGUCGCGGUAUGGCCAUCACACAGCGGCUGCGUGGUCCACGUUUGACUUGCUACUUUGUCUUGUGAUCCAUCUGGGUUGGUUCUGUAAAAGGCCCAGCGUAAUAACAGUGCUGUGUUAUCGCGACUGUUCUGCGCGCAGAUCAUGUUUGCGUAUUUGUUCGAUAGAGACACGGCGGACGAACGAAAGCGCUAAUCGUUUAUAGACAUCGUGGCGUGUACGGUUUACAUACACUUUUCAUGGCAUGUGUGCAGCAUUCUAAUCUAGUUUCGAAUUUUUAUUCGAGCCCGAGUGCUUAACAGGCUUGCUUUGAUUUUCGUACUACCCGGGUAGCGAGGGAACUAUUAAUCGGAUUCUUGGAGUGUUUUCAGUGCGACGUAUGGAAUAGAAUUGUGAUUUGUGUGUGAGUCGGGAAAUUUCGGCAUGAGUGUGCGAUAGUUAAUCCAGUUCGAUAUUUAUUUUUAACUGCCCUUGAAAGAAGGAAGUUUUGAUUGGGAUUAUUUGGCUGAUUUCUGCAAAACUACUGACAGGGACGUGAUUCCUGGAAGGUUUUUUCUUUCAUCGUACUUCGAUUUGUGGUCAAUUGGGUGUUAGUCUCGUCAGUGUGUGUGGAGGACUCGGCGCCGUCGACGUCAGACUCUGGUCUACCCUCUCUUUCUCUCUGUCUGCGUCUUUCUCCCCCUUGCCCUCAGCGGAUCGAUCCGAUCUAUAGAAUGGAACAGCAGACCAAUUCGAACACCAAUCAGCCUACCUUGUGUCGUUCGGGAUGCGGUUUCUAUGGCAGUUCCUCCAUGGACGGCAUGUGCUCCAAAUGCUACAAGGAUGCCCUGAACCGCAAGAUGCAGCCGCCACCCAGCAGCAGCUCCCCGGCGGUGAACAUCAGCAGUCCCUCCCCGGCCUCCAUGGCCUCAUCCGGGACCGCGUCCACCAACAGUUCGUUCCUUGAUCUCUCCACAUCGCCCAUUGGUAUCGCGGGGGGCGGUGGUGUGGCCAGCCCCUUCUCAUCCAGUGUGCCAACCCAUCUCACUGCUCAUUUGCCUCAUCCUUCCAGUAGCAUUAAUCUACCACAUAUUGCCACUGCAUCCGGAUCAGGCGCUUCCCUAUCGUCUGAUUAUGCCCUUUCAAAUUCCCCCUCCUCCACCAGCCUUCCGGGCAGUUUCACGGACCCCACCUCGCCCAUGAGCGAAGCGGCCAAGAAGAAGAACCGUUGUGCCGAAUGUAAUAAGAAGGUCGGAUUGACAGGUUUCGAAUGCCGCUGCGGUGGGACCUUCUGCCCCGUGCACCGCUACUCCGACAUGCACAAAUGCAGCUUUGAUUACAAGCAGAUGGGUGCGGAUGAGAUCAGAAAGAAUAAUCCGGCGGUCCGUGGGGAGAAAGUGCAGAAAUUAUAAAAGAAGCGCAAAAACGAGAGAAAGGGAGAUUAUUUUGAUUAUAUCGCGGGCGCGCACGCGGGUGUUGCUUGGCCGACAGUGUUUUUUUCAUUUUUAACGAUUUAGUUGUUCUGCGCUGUGGAAACCUUCACUUCGGAAUAACGGACAGCCAUAUUAGUUGGUGGGGACAGACAACCGUGGGGAAGAAACGGGGUUGGAACCAGGCGCGCGGACACACCCAGCCUGAACGGGAAACUUGCGUUUGCUUUGAUAUGUUGUGCAUAGUUGGAGCUCUUUUCGGGGGGAUAUUCUUUGUGUCUCCAUUUUGGCGUAACGGUGUGACUGUUUCGGGACGGACAGAUAUUGGCGGAUGUUUGGCUACGCCGUUAUUUCUGUUUCUGUCCGAUUCUGUCGUGGCUUGUCUGCGGGUGGAAGUUCGAGGGUUUUCAUAUCUCUGUGUUUUCAUUGUAAAUUGACCUUUAUCUUUCGAUGAUGAAAUGUAGUCGGUUGGAAUGAUUCGUGUUACCUGCUUUUGGUUCUUCUUCCUUUUCCCAUGUGUUUGUCCGCGUCUGUUGUCGGCGGAGCGGAUGCUGGCUUAUCAUUUUGACCUGCGUUGGAAUUAAAAUUUGUUUUGUUCUA